AUGCCAUCAGAUUCCCAGUGGCGGUCACAGACGGCGCGCCAAGGUGCUACAGUGCCUCUCAUGACGAAACCGGACGUCGCCCUGCCUUUUCUCCGCCCGUUGCUUUUCACUUCGUCUUUCAUCUCCUUUUCGCUGAGGACAAAUCUUGCUAUCUGCUUUUUUCUUGUUCUUCAGAUCUUUUUUUUGUCUCGUGUUAUUUGAGGAAGCUGAGAAAGCGUCCUGAACGCGCUCAAGAACUGACGAAAAGAGGUUCGAAGCUGAUUUUGUUCAGAACAGUCUUUACUCAUAUGCUUCAUAGGUGUUCCCACUUUUGAUAAAAUACAAUUUGAACUUUUUGAAAAACUUUACGACUAGUUUUAAACUGGAAAUUCAGUUCGAAAUCCCAAAAGUUCUGUUUCAAAAUUUCAAUAGAGCUUCAAAAUACCUUUUCGAAUAUUUUCAAAUUAAUGAAUUCCAAUAUGAAAAUGAUUUAUUAUCCUCCAGGAUUUUGAAAAUCGCUUUUGUGAGAUGGCUUUCACGGUCGCUUUUUUGAACAUUAACCUCUCUUUUUUCAUUUCAGAUAGUGAUAGUAAUUUGGCUUUCGGACUUCCAGAGCAGACCGGGAACCUGACAAAAUUCAUUAAAAUUAUAUAAGAACCAGAACAUUUCAAAAAUGAAAAAAAGCUGAUAAAUUCCUGCUAACCAUAUCUUUCUCGUCAUUAAAACAACUUUUCGUGUCUUUGAUCUGUUUUCAACCAAAAAAAGCCUAUAUUUUCAGGGAGCCGAUGCUAGCCGCGUUGUUUCUCCUGCCGUUAGCCGCGGCUCAAAAUGUAGUCGGACCGCAUAUAACCAACUCUCCUCAAGCUUUAUUCCAGGUAAGGCGUUUUGAGCAUGAAAGAAAAAAAACACAAAAACCGGAAGAACUAGACAAGGUCUUGAACAAACAGAGGAACAAGAGUGUUGGUCAAGAGAAGAUGUUUGAUAUUGCAGGCGCGAGCGACUUCCAGUGAUCAGCUGGACCCGUGCCAGUAUAUGCUUGCCAACUUGACCAGUGCGUUCGGAAAAAAAGCCAAAAAUAAUUUGAUUCUCAGGUGUCGAGAAUCUGAUGCAGCAUGAAGUCGUUGCCUUGGAACAGUGUCUUUACUAUUAUCUGGCUGGAGAAACGGCUAAAAAAAUGUUGAGGUUUGUAAAAACGGGAAGCUAUUAUAUAUUAUUUUGAUGCUGUCUCAUGAAGGCGCUUUGGAUUCAACAAGUUGAACAAUUGUUAGACACCAAGAAUUCAAUCGAGAUUUUUCCUAAAUUGACAAGUGCAAAAAAAAAUCUGGAUGAGUUUCUAGAGUUGAAAUUUCUUAUUGCCUUCUCCAAAUUAUCUAAUUUACGCUUUAUUUUCAUCACAAAUUCAUUUCCAAGCAAAGUUUGUAAACCGAAGAAAAAGGUUUGCAGUGAUUUUAUAACUACUGAGCUUUUGAAAACCGCAGAUUUAAACAAGAAAAAAACUCAAUUCAAUUUUUUUACUGAGGUGUUGAAAGCAGCCUAUUUAUUGGUUUUGUACAAGAACAAUCACGUUUUUCCCUUUGAAAUAUUGAUCAAACUUCAAGCCAAAAAAUUGCAAUAUUUUAUCCGGGCAAAGUCAUUUUCCAAGGAAAACUGUCAAAUAUUUCCAAUGAGGAAGGUCAAUUUAGAUAUUAAUUUUCUGAAAAAAAGCACUUUCUAGUACUACCUCGUUAAAAAUUUUCAUUGAAGGCUCUAUGCUCUAAAUUUUUUCAGAGCAAUUGUCCAAAUUGCAUUUAGUAUUGAAACAAAACAUGAGAGAAUAAAAGCAAAAAGUUUAAUUCUGUGUUAAAAACCACCCAAAAUUAGGAAAAAAAACAAAGAAAGUUUUCCAACCAAGAUAUACUAUCUUCUCGAGUUUUAUGAAAAGUCCGCUUGGAAAAAAGCCAUGAGAGAUUGUAAUUGAAGAAUUAAAGCUUCAAUAGCAAAGGCGCAUCUUUUCGUAUCAAUUUUGCAAACAACUAGGAACAGUUGCAAUAUUUCAGUUGUUUGAUAUAAAUAGUCAGUUUUGAAUUUACCUGUUUCUUCUAACCAUGAAUGCGAGGAAAUUCGCAGAAUCGCGAAGAUUUGCAAAGCUGAAAAUGCUAAGUUAGGUUUCUUCGAUGGAAAUAUUUCACAGCAAAAAAGCAGGAUUUUUUGAGGUCUGGUUUUAAAAACCCAACAAAAGGGUAGAACUGCUUUUUUCCUUCUCUUAUUCAUGGAAUAAUUUCAAAAUAAGCAAACCUGUGAAACUUUCAACUAUAUAUAGCGUUCCAGGUUGAACAUUGCGCAUCCAAUUGCGGCAGUCCCGCCAAACUACCUCAGCCGAGUCCCGGUUUCCGUCAACUUUGCGCAGUUCACCCUGCAACACUUUGAACUAGUACACUGUUUACUGAUUUAUUUAUUCUCCUAAUUAAACUCAGAACGAGGGCCUCAAAGACAUUGCCAUUCACGGGUACCUCGAGCUCAACUGGCACGAUGAUAGGUGAAACAGUAAAGCUUUUUAGAAGAAAAAACUGCCAUUUUUUAGAUUAAUCUGGGACAAGGAUACAUGGAAGAAAGACAACUUGGUGAUUCACAGCUUCCAUCACGUUUGGGUGCCUGUGUUGGGAUCGCAGAAGUUUGUUUUAGUAAAUUGGAAACGUAAAAAAAAAAGAUUUCAGCCCGGAAAAUCACUUGAAAAACGGCGAUGCUUUUGAAAUGCGCAAAGUUGAAACGACAAACCGUGGAAACGUGACCGCAAAGUUGGCGUUUUCUCUACGAACUUUCUGUGACGAUACUGACUUUGAAAAUUAUCCAAACGACAUUUACAAGUGCUGCUUUGCUUUCGAGCCACAAAACGACCGAGUGGGUUUUCUGAAAAAGUUAUAACGAUUGGAAUUGAAAUUUUUCGUGUUUUUUCCCUAUAUAUUCGGAGAUAAUUAGAAAAAAAAAGUGUUUUGUCUGUAAGUACACCCUCCAAAAUCCGGUUGAAACUUAGCAAAACUUUUUUUCAAAUCAAGAUUGAAUAAAAACCGGAAGAAUGUUAUUAGAAUUCAGUUGAAUUUUUCCUCUUUCAAGUUCUAUAUAUAAAAAUAAACUCUUUUUUUAAGGAAGUAAUCGAAUUUACUUCAUCCGGUCUUCCUAUAUUCACUGACCCGAAAAAAACUUCCGCGACUAUGGUUGGAGCGUUUCCGGAACUGUUCCAGAAAGCUUCGACGAUCCAGCCGAAAUCGCCCAAGUACAUUUCCUCCUGUAACAAUUUUUAACAAAUUAAUAAAUCUUACAGCUGGGCUUUUGCCUGAACCUGAAACGAGCUUCUUCAUCUCUCCGUAUUGAAUUUACUAUCCCGUUGUUCAUCAUCACCAUCCUUUUCCUGCUGCCAACAUUCUUCGGCUGCAUUCGUCUUCAGGUUCAUUUUAAAAAUCGAUCAUCCUAAAUCAAAACAAUUUUCAGCUCCACCUCAAACUCUUCGUUCUACUUAUUCAGUUUGUCACUCUUCUAAUUUUCUCCAACAGAAUCGCUCAACAUCUUUCCAGCUCGUCAACUUCACCGAAACCUUGUGAGUUUCUCUUCUUUUUCAAAUACAAACCUCGUUGUUUAGUGCGAUUCCUUGAGUCGAGUAUGAUGCUCAAUCUUGCUUCUAUUGCUGUUUCCGUCUUCGUUUAUGUCGGGAUGCGUGUGAAACGCUCGUUGCCGCCUUGGGGAAAGCUCAGCCAGUUUGUCUUUAUCGAUUAUGUUGUUUUUCCCGAGUUUCACCUAUAAUUUGAUAAAAAUAGCUCAUUUUAAAUGCAUACGCAACAGCUAAGCGAUCGAAACGUUCCUUUUUUGUUCUGAAAAAAUCAUAGAAAGCCCCAUAUCUAUUCAGAACCGCGAAGAUGAUCAACGGAGCUCUUGGCGUGCUUUACAUCAAUAACGCUGAAGAAAUCAGUAUGGAGAAAGUAGAAGAACAACCAAUCGAAGGAACAUACCAUCAGGUCAGUGACGCUCAAACUCCGUUCUUUCAAACCAACUCAGGACUGGACGGAAGUCUUCAAAGCUGGUCAUGCUCUGCUCACAGGGUUCUUCAGCCUCAUCCUUGUCUUCGCUUAUUUAAUCUACCUAUUCUAA